GGUUCUGCUGCGAACUAACAGACCAGUUCUCCGCGUAAACACUCACGGUUAACCUUGUUGUCUUCGCGUUACUUUUAAUUCAAAAUCAGUGAGUUAAUUUCCGCAGUCUGUUGAAAUGCUCAAUCAAGAACGAGUCUGAUAAGGACCUCCCGAAUAUACGAUUAUCAUGAAAGUGAUUGAGGGCAAAAUCGUGGUGCUCGGCGCGCAAGGCGUCGGGAAGACCAGUUUGGUUGUCCGCUAUAUAGGCAAGAUGUUCAGCCAUCACAUUAGCCCAACGAUCGGCGCAUCAUUCUUCACCUGCAAAAUUAACUUGGACAGCACCAAGAUCAAGCUGCAAGUGUGGGACACGGCGGGCCAGGAGAGGUUCAGGGCGAUGGCACCCAUGUACUACAGAAACGCAAACGCCGCCUUACUCGUAUUUGACAUCACUCAGGAGCAAUCUUUUGAAGCUGUCAAAACCUGGGUCAAAGAGCUGCAAAGAAAUGUACCAGAACCCAUGGUUUUAAGUCUGGUUGGAAAUAAGACUGAUUUAGCAAGCCAACGAUUGGUGUCCAGAGAUGAGGCAGUGCAGUUUGCACAGACAAUCAACGCAACUUACUUUGAGUCAUCCGCACUUCAAGAUCAAGGUAUCGAGGAAAUUUUCCUGUCGACAGCAAUGCAAAUGGUUGAAUUAAGUAAACAGGGAGGAACCACUCUGAAGAUCUACGAUUCCGACGCGAUCACCACCACUCCCCCCACAGAAGAGGAGGUGGGCAAUGUCAGUCUCGAAUCGGUUGCCCUCGGUGAACCAGCUAAAACAAUUUGCUGCUUUUGACGCUUUUAAUUUAAUCUAGGACGCAAAAUUCAUGAGGUUGUUUGCUGACCAGGAAAUUCCCAAAUUUCCUGCAUGACCUCAUUUCUUGAGAUUUACUCCCUCACUUGUUGCCUUUAAAAGGUCUAAAAUAACAGAAUGUACUAGAGCUUGCUGAAAUAUUGAAUUUAAGUUUACAAUCGCCCUGUGAACUAAAAGAUAAACUAGCUGCAAUGCCAGAGAAAUGUGUUUAUAGAUUUAUACCGUUUUAAUACUCGGAUAUCUUCACUACUUGCUCUUCCAUCCUCCGAAAACCCAAAAGGAUUUUCAGGGUUCGGAUUUUGGAAACCUUAAAAGUCUGUGCUACUUUUUAAAACUUAAAGGAUUGAGAAAUAAAAAUAGUCUUAAUGAAUUUUGGACUUAAAAACAUGAACAAUUUUUACAAUUUAUGGAGCUUGCAACAUUCCAAACAAGAAAUAUACAAGAAGUUAAGAACUGUGAUAUUUUGGAGAUUUUUCGAUUAUGCCUAACAUUAUUAUGUGUAACAGUAACAUUGAAAACAAAUCCCCCUAAAUUUUGUAAGAAUUUGUUGAAGCAUAAAUCAAUUAAUCUAUGUGUGAAUAUA